AUGCACGCCACCACGAUGCGGAGCAGUGUGGCACAGCCAUUGAAGAGGCGUGCUGUGCUGGGGCCUGCCGUUGACGCGGACGAAGAUAAGGCCUCCCACAUCGUCCCAGCUAAGGCCUUGAUGGGCAACGCCUUCUUCUCGUCGCUCCUUUCCACGGCAAAAAGAGUGCCUCUGCCCGCAUUCACCAACACCAACGCCGUGCCCCGCGUGUUCCUCACAUUGUGCCUGUCAGUGCGCAGGUCCUCUGCGGCAACCUUGGGGCGGCGGGUACUGGGCCGCCCACCGUACAGUGGGCACGCAACUGAGCUUGGCAUUCUGGCGCUCGUGCUUCUGAUCCUGACCGCGCACGUGACGUAUAAUGUACGCUACAUCUUGAGCACGGACGACUCGCUCGACCACGUGGUGAAUCUGCAAGACCCAGAGCGUGGGCCGUGGUCUGUGCUGGUGCAGCACGAGGAUGCACUGCAGCGACUCAACUUCACACAUCAGCAGCGCUGCCGCGUCGGAUCGAUGCUGUGCGACCCGCUAGUGAUCGGCGCCGCCUUCCUCCCGUCGUGGACUCUGCACGUCGUGGAGGAGGGCUGCGCGGACUGCACGGACCAGCAGACUUACGCCAGCGCUGUCGAAGGCGUAGUGCUGCAGGCGCGCCACGCCGUGUUCGCGACGUCGGCUGCCCCGCUGGGCCGUGUCGGGCCGAUGCUGCUGGCGAUGGCGAGCGUGACGGACGACGUGGAUGUGCGCGCGGAGCUGCCGCAGUGGGAGUGGCUGCGGCACGUGCACGGCAGCGGCUUUCCGGCGGUGGGUGGCGCGGCUGGGGGGUCUGCGCCGCCGCGCGCACCGUAUCUGGCGGUGAUGGGCAUCCCGUCGACGGAUCAGCGCCCGCGCGCCGCCCUGCGUGAGGCGCAGCGCAAGACGUGGCUCGCGUACCAGGAGGUGGCGCGCCGCGACAACCACUUUACUGGCGCGCUGCUGGCGCUCUACGUCUUCGCCGCGGCGGAGCCCGACCCCAUUCUGGACCCAUCCGCGGACUCCGCCGAGUCACUGCACAGCGGCACGUCAGCUGCCUCGCCGGGGCGAGCGCGCCUGAGGGUGCUGUUGCCCACGACGGCGGAGUACAAGGCGGCCACCCAGGCGCUCCUGGCGAGGGCCAUGCAGGCCGACGGUGUCGACGCCGUUGCCGGCGAGGGCUUUGCGCAGCGCCGGAUGGAGCUCCGCCGCGGCUGGAGCAUUGCUGCAGUGGACGGCUCACCGUGCGCGGAGGUGGCCAGCAGCUGGACGGCUGGCGGCGCGAAGACGUCUGCGCUGUCGUACCUGAGCGGGGCCCUGUCGCUCCCCGUGACGCCGGCGUUCACGUCGCCGGCGGAGUACAUCUGCCACGCGUCGUCUGCGCUGUGGCAGGAGGCGCUGACGCACCGCAACGUCCUGUGGAUCGACAUGAUGACGGACCGGCGGCCAACGACCAAGAAGAAGCUCGGCGAGCCAACGAAGUGGGGCCUGCCGGUGGAGGUUGGGAUGAGCCAGAAGCUGAUCCUGUGGCUGGCGUACGCGUACCACGCCUUCAAGGAUGUCCCUUUCAUCAUCAAGGGCGACGACGACGCGUACGUGAAGGUGCCGCAGUUCCUGAGCGAUGUGCGGUACGUGAUGGGCGGCAUGCAGGGCCGGCCCCCGCCGCCAUCGUCGCGACGGGGGGCUGCAAGUGGGCAAGGAAAUCUGACGGAGACACUCGGGCGUCUGAGCGCGGAGGAGCUGGCAAAAAGUGCCUCUCUGGCCGAGGAUACGGAGUGUGUGUAUUGGGGUAGCCUGCGGCAUCACUUGCACACCCAGUUCAGCGCCGGCAUGACCUUUAUGCUUCACCGGCGCGUUGUGCAGGCGCUGCUUGAGCCGAAGGUGGGCACGCUGCGGCUGGAUGUUUUGCGUCUCGCUGCGGACGACUUCUCCGCGAAGCGAACGUUGGCCUACCGGAGAAUUAUGUUUCACCACGAAGACAUCCUCAUUGGGCUGCAGAUUUAUCGUGCGCUGGAACGGGUGAAGGCGCUGUGCCGCACUGGACGGCUGUGGUAUGUAAAGGAGUGGUACGCUCGGUUUCACGACAUGCACGUUGGCCGGACGCACAACGUCACGUGGUCGACGGUGGUAGCGCACCGCUGCCGACCUGCGGACGCCUAUUACCUCCACUUUUACUUUCAGGAGGAGCACCGCAUAGCCGCCGCCGUCUCCGCAAGCAGGCUUGCAACGGAGGAGGAGCACGAGGCGGCAGCGGUCAAGAGGGCGUCGCAGUGGUUGGAGGGGAACCUGCAGGAUCCACACAUGAUGGCGAUGAAUUGGAGCGGCCUGCCUGAUGUGCAGUGGGUUCAAGGCACUUCGCGGCGUCCGUCAUUCACGUUGGCCGAAGGCGACGGUGUUGCCGUGUACGACAACCGCUACGAGUACUGGAGGCAUGAGGCGACGAACAUCCAUGACGGGUAUCGCUCUCUACCGCAGUGGUGA